CCCCCCCCCCCCCAAAAAAAAGAAGAGCACUUCUGAGUAAGAGUGCGCGCCCUUCCACCCCCCACUUCCCAUGUCGACCAAAUCUAAACUUAGCAAAUGCUUCACAAAUGAACUCAAAGGAAGCGAUGCUUAUACCCGACAUAAAAAAUUAGUGGAGACAUACGUACAAGUCUAUCGCGGGAAAGCACCCGAUACCACACCCACCAAAUAUAAAACAGAACGAGAUAUUAUCCAAGAGAAUCACAAGUUUGUACGCACGGAAGAAGACACCACAUGGGAACAACGUGUAGCGAAAAAAUACUACGAUAAAUUAUUCAAGGAGUAUGCGAUCUGUGAAUUGAAAUAUUACAAGGAAGGGAAAAUUGCUUUACGCUGGAGAACAGAAAAGGAGGUCAUGGUGGGGAAAGGUCAAUUUAUGUGUGCAUCCACCCAAUGUGAUCAAAACAAGGAUUUAAAGAGUUGGGAAGUCAAUUUCGCUUACAGAGAAGACGGUGAAAAGAAGAAUGAGUUGGUGAAAGUAAGAUUAUGUCCUGACUGUUCCGAUAAGCUAAACUACAAGACAAAGGUGAGGUUAGCACAGACAUUGAAACGAAAACGCGAGGAACAAAAAGCGAGUAAACGAGAAAAGAAAUCAAGGAAAAGUCAUAGUGAUUCCUCUGCAUCAUCCUCGUCAGACCAAGAUUCAGAGAACGAAGAAGAAGAAGGAAAGAAAUCAGAGCCAUCCGUGUGGAGUAAACCACUGGAAAAGAAGGACGAAAAGACAAAGGAAGAAGAAUACGAAGACUAUUUUGCAGAUCUACUCCAGUAAUAGCUUAAUGAAAAAA